AUGGAGGGUCUUCGCUGCCCCCCUCUUGCCUUCUCCUGUGUGUUGCUGUAUGGAAAUAAAGCAGCCUGUGUGCUCCCACGCGUGUCUGCGCCGCAGGAAGCGCCGCCCGGCCGCGGGGACGCACGUGCCGGCAGAGGAAUGCGGCGGGGCCGGCCCGGGGCGGGGCGGGCGGCGGCGGCGGGCUCCUCGGCCAUGGGGCCGCCGGUGCUGCUCGCCGCCGCGCUGCUGCUGCUGACCGGGACGGGCGCUGGGGCCGCCGUCACCCGCCUCCGGGUCUCCGCCAACUUCGAGUGCCAGGCCACCGCCGACAGCACGCUGAGCCGCCUCCGCUGCCGCCGCCCGGCCCGGCCCGGGCCCCCGCUGGAGCCGCCCGCCUUGUCGUUGAGUCGGGCCCGCCUCUGCCUGCCCCGGCGGCCGUGCCAGCCCUGCCUGCGGGUGCGCCUGGCCCUCUCCGCCGCAGGGCUCGGCGAUGUCCGUGGUCUGCAGCUCGACUUCCUGGAGCUGGGCUCCAACCGUGCGGGUUGGUUGCAGGUGUGGCGGCGGCACCGGGCAGCGGGCAGCUUGCCGUGGCAGGUGCAGUUCGACUGCUUCCCGGCAGAGAGCGGGCAGCAGGUCCUCGUCUCCCUCCGCACCAUCCCCGAUCGAGGCUUGGCCAUCAACCGCAGCCACCUGGUCACCGACGAGCCAGACGGACCCUUCUUCACCUACACCUGGGUCCCUGAGGCACGGGCCAUCGAGGUGUGGGUGCCCGAGGGCCCUCCCCUGAGGGUGCGGCUGUGCCACCAGCUUGCCCUGGAGUGUGAGGAGCUACCGCGGCCCUUCCACCGGCAGGAGCUGGUGCUGGGGGGGCACCGAGUCUUGCUGCAGUAUGAGUUCCUGGUGCCCUGCCUGUGCAUCGAGGCCUCCUACGCCCACCACGACAGCCCACGCAGCAAGCGCUGCCCCUUCCGUGACCAGCCAGCCGCCUACAGCUCCGAGCUGUGGUCCUCGGUGCGCUUCCAUGACUACAGCGCCAGCAGCAAGGACCAGAUGGCAAUGGUGCUGAGCGCCAGCUGCCUCCUGCGCCCCCGGGCCACCCUGUGCUGGAAGGAGGUGGCAGUCGAGACAGCACCCUGCCAUGAUGUCCCCAACUCCACUGCCAACGAGGAGGAGCAGGUGUACACACUGGACCAGGUGGACGUGCACCCCCAACUCUGCUUCCGAUUCUCCUACAGGAACAUAACCCAUGUGGAGUGUCCCCGCCGGCCAGAGACCGCCUGGAACGUGUCAGUGAGUGUACGGGGGCUGCAACUGCGCCUGCACCUCACCUCCAGCAUUCCUGCGGCCUUCAGCGCAGCCCUGUGCCAGCGCCGGGGCAGGCAGUGCGAGCCUGAAGCCCCCUUCUACACCGUCACGCGGCCAGAUGGCUCUGCCCCGGGGGAGCUGGCGCUGCUGCUGCCGGUGCAGGUCCUCGGCAGCUGUGUGCUGGUUUGGCGCUCAGAUGUGCGCUUUGCUCGGAAGCAGCUGCUCUGUCCUGACGUCUCCCGCAGGUACUUCGGGCUGCUGGGGCUGGUGCUGGUGCUGGGGCUGGUGGUGACUGUGCUCCUCGUCAACUGCCGUGGCAGCUGGAAGCCAGCCGAGGACGCGCUGGGUGGGCGCCCCGUGCUGCUGCUGUACUCACCGGACUCAGAGGAGCACCUGGGGCUGGUGUGUGCCCUGGCUGAGCGGCUGCGCGCUGGGCUGGGCUGUGACGUGCGCCUGGACCUGUGGGAAGCGGGCAGCGUGGGGCGAGUGGGUGCCCUGCCCUGGCUCUACGCACAGCGCGAACGCGUGGGCCGCCAGCACGGCACCGUGCUUCUCCUCUGGAGCCGGGGCAGCACCCGACUCUUCCACCGCUGGCAGGUCGGGGCGGCUGGGGGCACCUCUGGGGACGCCCACGACGUCUUUGGAGCAGCCAUGGCCUGUCUGCACGGGGAGCUGGGGGCGGUGGGCCGUGGUGGGGGCUGGGUGCUCGCUUACUUCAGCCGGCUCUGCAGUCUCCGUGAUGUCCCCAGGCCCCUCCGGCCCCUGCCCACCUACCGCCUGCCCCGGCAGCUGCCAGGGCUGCUGGGCGCCCUGCGGGGCAGCCCCCCAUCCCCCCGCCGCUGCCACCGCAGCAGGGUGAGGGGGCUUCUGCACCGGCUGCUGGAGGGCAACCGCCCGGCCCGGCCCCCUCACGCGGCUACUGGCACCUGAGUGCCUGUGCCCAGGCUGAGCUGGGCAUUGCUGCAGGGCCAGUGGGGCUAGGCGCAGCCCCAUGGUGAGGGCAAGGACGCUGUCAUGGAAGUGUGGGGCUGGGCCGAGUGUGCCAGCUGCCCUGGCCAAGGACGCAUUCCUGUGGGUGCCCCAGGCAGGGGCCAUGGAGGCGCAAGCAGAGCUGGCCCUGGCCAUGGGAUGUGCUGCAGAGGCUGGGGCAGAGGUGCUGUCCCAGCAGGGGCAGCUUUAUUUCCACAGAGAGACUGAGUCCAGAAGAGAGCCCAGACCCUGGGGAAGCCGCUGGGGCUGUCACAGAACAGCACUGGAAGAAGCCAGGCAGUGGGAGAGCUCCAUACCUGGCAUGGGAUGCGUGGGUGGGCGGCAGGUGCUGGGCACAGCUUUGCCCUGCUCCUUGCGCCCAUGCUGCCAGCAGGACCUUGUCUGGGCUGGAAGCAAUAAAGGCACCAAUUGACUCUGC